AUGGCGGCGCGCCAUGUUCCCCUCUUCUUCGCCUCUUUCCUCCUCCUGGUUGCCGGUUGCGCCGCUGAGGGACCCAGCUACAGUUGCAGCUCCGGGGAGAAGGUCAAGUGCCAGGCGCUGGCCGGCUACGUGCCGGAGAACGAGACGACCUACGAGGCCAUCAAGGACCUCUUCCAGGUUCAAUCCCUCUUCGCCCUCUACGGAGCCAACAACCUCAGCACCUCCACCGCGCCCUCCACGAAGGUCCGCGGCGGCAACGCCGUGCGCGUGCCCUUCCCCUGCGCCUGCUACAAUGGUACGUGGACCUCUGAUCGGCAGCCGAUCUACAAGGUGAAGAAGGGCGACGGUCUGUACGACAUCGCCACCACCACGUACCGCAACCUCGUCGUCUACGAACGGAUCGCCGCCGUCAACAACCUGGCCGACGUGAACGUCAUCCUGGAAGGACAAGAGCUGUGGAUCCCUCUUCCCUGCAGCUGCGACGCUGUGGGCGGCCUCGAGACGGUGCACCUCGCGCACAUUGUGGAGCCGGGGAGCAGCGUGGCGGCGAUCGCCGACCAGUUCGGCACGACGGAGAAGACGCUGCUGGAGCUCAACAACAUAGCCGAUCCGAAGAGUCUGCAAGCAAACAAGGUCCUCGACGUGCCGCUCAGAGGUGAGAAACUCCAACCCUUCUCCUGGAACCACUCCCUGUAAUUUUUCCGCCAUUGCUGAAACCUCGGCGGCGGCGGCGGCGACAGCCUGCAAUUCCUCCAUUAGGAGCGACGCCGUCGACGGCUCUCUGCGCGUCCCCAACGGCAGCUACGCUCUCACAGCCGGCAACUGCAUCAAGUGCAGCUGCAGUUCCUCCUCUUGGCAGUGAGUCGUCUCCCUCCUAAUCUCCCACCUCGUUGAAGCAUACCUCCGUCCUUCCUCUUCAUCGUUUUCCUAUCUCUCUCUCUAUCAGGUUGGCCUGUGAGAUCGCCAAUCUGACGGCAACGAACACCUCCGCGUGCCGAGCACCGACGUGCAGCGCUACGACCUCAUCCGGGCGGACGAUCUCGCUGAAACUCGGAGAGGAUGCCCCCAGCGUCUGCGGGUCAACGCGCUGCCACUACGCCGGCUACUACAACACCUCCAACAUCCUUAACAUCACCGCCGUGCCCGUGACCAACCAGUCCACCUGUGGUAAUCUCACAGCGCCGCCCCCAGCGCCGCCCCCAGCGCCGCCCCCAGCGCCGUCCUCCUCGGCCGUUGACCUCCGGCCGCUGCUCGCCUCCCUCUACGCAGCCCUGCUCCUGCUCGCCACCCUCUAA